AUGAUUUUGAGAGCGGCUUUUGCUAUCGCGUUAAUCUUUGUUACCGGCUUUUGCGGUGUGGGACAUGCAAAAUUAGCUCCGGACUUCAUUCAUCCCUGUAAUGCAACUACUAGAGAAUGUCUAGUGAAAUCAACACAAGAUGCUAUUCCCGAGUUUGUAAAAGGCUUGCCGAACCUCGGCGUGCCGCCUUUAGAUCCUUUUGUUAUCGAAAAGUUGGCGAUACCGCUCAGCGGCCUCAAAGUCACGUUCUAUCAAGGAAAAGUAACGGGCUUCAAGAACUGCAUCAUUGAUAAUGUUAUAUCUGAAUUGGAAAAACGACAUUUUGUAUUGGAAUUUCAUACUAAUCUUACCAUUCGAGGAAAAUAUGAUGCUAUUGGAAAAAUCCUACUUUUCCCUAUCAACGGAGAGGGCGACGCUAAAAUUAAACUAACUAACCUUAGAAUGAAACUCGAUAUCAAUACGAAGUAUAUCAAAGACAAUAAGGGCGUCAACCACUUCGCUAUCAAGAACUAUAAGUACACUUUCGACUACGGUGACCGCGUCACGUUUGACCUCCAAAAUCUUUUUAAAGAAAGCAAAGAACUAAGUGCAUCAGUGUUGAAAUUUCUAAAUGAACACUGGAAAAUGGUUGCAGAAGAAUUUGGAAAGCCUAUCGUGGACUAUGCAGUAGAUUUAGCGCUUAGGACAGUGGAAAAAUUCUUCCUUAUGGUUCCUUAUGAAGAACUUAUAAAUGUCCCUAUACCACAG